ACACUGAUUGAAAUCAGAUCAGAAAAAACUGCAGGCCCUUCCAGAAGCUCUCAGCAACUUCACUGGGGAAAUAUUGCAAAUAACAGUGGGAACAUGAAGCCGCCACUCUUGGUGUUUAUUGUGCAUCUGCUGUGGUUGAAAGACUGUCACUGUGCACCUACUUGGAAGGACGAAACUGCUAUCAGUGGAAACCUGAAGAGUUUUUCUGAGUCUGGAGAGACGGAGGAAGAUGAAGAGGUGAAGACGGCUUUGAUUGGGAUUAAGCAGAUGAAAAUCAUGAUGGAAAGACGAGAGGAAGAACAUACUAAUCUAAUGAAAACCCUGAAGAAAUGCAGAGCAGAAAAGCAGGAGGCUUUGAAACUUAUGAAUGAAGUUCAAGAACAUCUGGAAGAGGAAGAGAGGCUAUGUCAGGUGUCUUUAACAGAUUCAUGGGAUGAAUGCAAGUCUUGCCUGGAAAGCAACUGCAUGAGAUACUAUACAACCUGCCAACCUAGUUGGUCCUCCAUAAAAAGUAUGAUUGAACAGGUUUUCACGAUGAUAUAUCAGUUUUUGUUUCCUUUCCGUGAAGAUAAUGAAAACCCCCACCAUGGAGACCUGAUGUCAAAGAUCUUACCUGUGCCCAACAGUGGGCUGUGUGCACACCUGGGCCAGAAUUUGUCAAGAUGUUUGAAAUUUCAUGAAAGAUGUCAAAAAUGUCAGGAUUAUCUAUGGGAAGAUUGUCCUAAUGUACCUCAACUGCAUACAGAAUUAGAUGAAGCCUUUAAAUUGGUCAACAUAUCCAAUCAGCAAUAUGCCCAGAUUCUCCAGAUGACACAGGAUCACUUGGAAGGCACCACGUAUCUAAUGGAGAACAUGAGAGAGCAAUUUGGCUGGGUGUCUGAACUGACAAACUGGAACCUGGGAACUGAGAACAUCUUUAAUCCAAUAAAGGUAGUUCCAAGUGUCCGUGAAGAAAAAUCUUCCAAACAAGAUGAAACAAGAGUAGAUUUAAGCAUUCUGCCUUCCUCUAAUUUCACAAUCAAGAUUCCUCUUGAAGAAAGUACUGAGAGUUCUAAUUUAAUUGGCUAUGUGGUGGCGAAAGCACUACAGCAUUUUAAGGAACAUUUUAAAACUUGGUAA